AUGGCCGCCGCUGCUGCUUCUCCGAUGGCCGCCGCCGCUGCUUCUCCGAUGGCCGCCGCCGCUGCUUCUCCGAUGGCCGCCGCCGCUGCUUCUCCGAUGGCCGCCGCCGCUGCUUCUCCGAUGGCCGCCGCCGCUGCUUCUCCGAUUGAAAGAGAAGAGAAAAACCCUUCCGUUGGCGGUGGAUUGGAGUUAACCCGCUUGGAACCGGCUAUUUGGAGAAGUGAGGACGGACCACCAUUUGCCGGAGCUUCGACCAGCCUUCUCAACAGCAGCAACAGCAACAUCAAAGCUACCUGUGUUCGUUUGCUGUUUCCCCAACUUCGCCAAGGCAGCAGCAGCAGCAAGGGAGCGAGGUUGACCCGCGUUUUCUGCUUCUUCUCAGACCAACAGCAGGACUGCGUUUUCUGCUUCGUCUCAGACCACUCAACAGCAGUAGCCAGAGCCGCCUGCGUUUUUCUGCGCGCCUUGAUCACCAGCAGCAGCAGCAGCAGGUUGCUGCCUGCAUCUUCCGUAGCACCUCAGGCCACCCGCAGUAGCAGCAGUAGCUGCUGUGCUCCUCGCGCCGCGCCUGCACAGCUGCUGUACCCGUGCACGACACGCAGCUGCUGUCCGUACCUGUUCGUGACGAUCUCUGUGCCUUCAGCCGUGCCUACACCACCUGCCGUGCCAUCCCUCACAGAAAGCGCUGUUGU